AUGGCUCAGCAAAAACCCAUCGACGCAACAACAGCAACACUUGCGCCAGCUCUAUUAGCAACAGCGCGAAUUGGUGUGCGGUCCUCUUCCGGGCAUUUUAUGAAACUUCUAGCCCUUUUGGACAAUGGCUCGCAAACAUCUUUUAUAAGCGAGUUUGCCGUUCAGCGCUUGCAUCUACGCAAGUACCGCCUUUCGGUUACAAUCUCUGGAGUAGGCGGGAGUACUGUGGGUGAAUCGAAGAGUUUGGUUAAGUUCACAGUGUGUUCCCUCAUCGAACCUAAUUUCAGCAUGGAGUGCUCUGCUCUCGUGCUUUCUCGUGUAGGACAGAAUAUGCCGUCGAGUAGAAUUGACCCAACUCCGUACUGUGACUUUCUUGGUCUCAGCUUAGCAGACCCGAAGUUUUACGAGCCAGGGUCAAUCGACAUCAUCAUCGGAGCAGAUAUCUAUGGCGCUCUACUGCGCAACGAACUCAAGCGUUCCAAGUGCGGGGACUCCACUGCCCAAAAUACUCAUCUAGGGUGGGUCGUCUACGGGCGCUUACCCGUAGGAGUAAGUCGGCAGCUAUCAGCAAGACUAUGUGCCACAGCCACUGCGGAACUAAAUACGUUGGUACAGCAGAUGUGGAAAUUUAAUCAAAUGGAUGACAUAUCUUCUCCAUCCAAGAUGACAGAGGAUGAGAUUUAUUGUGGGGAGUUUUUUAAACGAACGGUACGCAGGGACCACGUCGGUCGGUAUCACAUUCGGUACCCAUUUAAAAAGGACUCCGACCUAUCCGCACUAUUUGACUCCAAAUGCGACGCAAUCAAACUAUAUGCUUACCAGCAACAUCGUCUUCAACGCGAUGCAAAGAUGAACGAGUUAUACAAUGAGUUCAUGGACGAAUAUAUCGCUCUUGGCCACAUGGAGCAGAUAUGCGAAGAUAAGGAGCCACGGUAUGCAUGUUACAUUCCCCACCAUGGUGUAUACAAAGAAGGAAGCUCGACUACGAGGUUAAGAACUGUAUUCAAUGGGUCUAGAAAAUACAAAAGUGGUUUAUGUUUGAAUGAUUGCCUUCAUGUUGGACCCAAGCUGCAAAAUGACUUAAGUACAAUCAUAUUAAAGUGGAGAAUGCAUCGGGUUGGGUUCAUGGCGGAUAUAGAGAAGUGCUUUCGACAAAUACGAGUCGAUCGGCGGGAUACCGAUAUGCAACGCAUUAUAUGGAGAGGCGGAGAUGAACGGCCGACCGCUUAUCGACUCCUCACUAUGACCUAUGUGUUAACAUGCUCUCCGUAUAUAACAAUUAAAGUACUGAACACCCUAGCCGAAGACGAGGAAACAGAUUUUCCAACAGCGUCCAAAAUUCUUAAGGAAUCUUUUUAUGUGGAUGAUUGCCUCCAUGGCGGUGACUCAGUCGAAGAAGCUAUCGACAAUCAAUCUAAAUUACGACAGUUACUGCAUCGUGGGUGCUUCAACCUUCGCAAAUGGAGCUCGAAUUCCAACGAGUUUAUGCAACAUCUCUCCUCCGACGACAUACAACCAGAUACCUGCUGCAACUUAAAUUUGGAUCGGGAGACUAAGGCGCUUGGAAUCUAUUGGCUCUGUGACACUGAUAGCCUGACAUACAAAGUCAAUAUUACACCUGUGUCUGGAUUCAUUACCAAACGCCAACAACUUUCCGAUGUGGCAAAAAUAUACGAUCCCCUAGGUUUUUUAGCACCAAUUGUCAUAACCGGCAAGUCGCUUUGUCAGCAGCUUUGGAUUUCAGGCUGA